GGGGCGGGGCCUGCGCGUGUCUCGCGCCGGGGGCGCGGGAGGGAGCGGCGGAGGAGAAGCGGCGGGAGCGGAGCGGGGCCGAACCGAGCCGAGCCCAGCGGAGCGGAGCGCGGGCAGCGCCGCCCGUCCCCUGCCGGGCCGCCCCGUCCCCUCCCCGCGGGCUGACAGGCAGAUAUGGUCCUGAGCACCGUGAGCACAUGACUUCAGAGAUGGACAACCAGAUCUGUUACAAGUUGUGACUGGCCUUAAGUUGACUUACAACCCUUGAAGAGCUUAACAGGAAUUCUCUUGUUCCUGAUUUUUGCCUGUCUGAUUGCCUCACCCCACCAGCUUAACCAUGUAUGGAAGUGCUCGCUCAGUGGGCAAGGUGGAGCCCAGCACGCAGAGCCCGGGGCGCUCGCCGCGGCUGCCGCGCUCGCCUCGCCUGGGCCAUCGGCGAACCAACAGCACAGGAGGCGGCUCGGGCAGCACUACUGGGGGUGGCAGUGGGAAAACCCUUUCUAUGGAAAACAUUCAGUCCUUAAAUGCUGCUUAUGCUACGUCUGGCCCUAUGUACCUAAGUGACCACGAGAACGUGGGUGCAGACACCCCCAAGAGCACCAUGACCUUGGGCCGGUCGGGAGGGCGGCUGCCUUACGGUGUUCGGAUGACUGCCAUGGGCAGCAGCCCUAACAUUGCCACUAGUGGAGUUGCCAGUGAUACCAUUGCGUUUGGAGAGCACCAUCUCCCCCCGGUGAGCAUGGCAUCCACUGUGCCUCACUCGCUGCGCCAGGCCAGGGAUAACACCAUCAUGGACCUGCAGACGCAGCUCAAGGAGGUGCUGAGGGAAAACGAUCUGCUCCGCAAGGAUGUGGAGGUGAAAGAAAGCAAGCUGAGUUCUUCCAUGAACAGCAUCAAGACCUUCUGGAGUCCUGAGCUCAAAAAGGAGAGAGCUCUGAGGAAGGACGAAGCUUCAAAAAUCACCAUUUGGAAGGAACAAUAUAGAGUUUUGCAAGAAGAAAACCAGCAUAUGCAGAUGACUAUCCAGGCUCUCCAAGAUGAGCUGCGGAUCCAGCGGGACCUGAACCAGCUGUUCCAGCAGGACAGCAGCAGUAGGACCAGCGAGCCCUUCGUGGCAGAGCUGACAGAGGAGAACUUCCAGCGGCUGCACGCGGAGCAUGAGCGCCAGGCCAAGGAGCUGUUCCUGCUACGGAAAACCUUGGAGGAGAUGGAACUGCGUAUUGAGACGCAGAAACAGACCUUAAAUGCACGCGAUGAGUCCAUCAAAAAGCUGCUGGAGAUGCUGCAGAGUAAAGGUCUGUCAGCAAAAGCCACUGAGGAAGACCACGAGCGGACACGACGGCUGGCUGAGGCGGAGAUGCAUGUGCACCACUUGGAAAGCCUCCUUGAACAGAAGGAAAAAGAAAACAACAUGCUGAGAGAGGAAAUCCAUCGUCGAUUUGAGAACGCUCCCGACACGGCCAAGACAAAGGCUCUCCAAACUGUUAUUGAGAUGAAGGAUUCAAAGAUUUCUUCCAUGGAGCGUGGCCUGCGGGAUUUGGAAGAGGAGAUUCAGAUGCUGAAGUCCAACGGAGCCCUGAGCACGGAGGAGCGUGAGGAGGAGAUGAAGCAGAUGGAGGUGUACCGUAGCCAUUCCAAAUUCAUGAAAAACAAGGUAGAACAACUGAAGGAAGAGCUAAAUGCCAAAGAGGCUCAAGGGGAGGACCUGAAAAAAAGAGUGGCUGGUCUCCAGACCGAGAUUGGCCAGGUGAAGCAGGAGCUGUCGCGCAAGGACACCGAGCUGCUGGCCCUGCAGACCAAGCUGGAGACCCUCACCAAUCAGUUCUCUGACAGCAAGCAGCACAUCGAGGUGCUCAAAGAGUCUCUUACAGCUAAAGAGCAGAGAGCUGCCAUCCUGCAGACAGAGGUGGACGCGCUGCGGUUACGUCUGGAAGAGAAGGAGACCAUGCUGAAUAAGAAGACGAAGCAGAUCCAGGAGAUGGCAGAGGAGAAGGGGACUCAAGCAGGAGAGAUCCAUGACCUCAAGGACAUGCUGGAGGUGAAGGAACGCAAAGUGAAUGUUCUCCAGAAGAAGAUCGAAAACCUUCAAGAGCAGUUGAGAGACAAGGAGAAGCAGAUGAGCAGCUUGAAGGACCGAGUGAAAUCCUUGCAGGCUGACACCACCAACACCGACACUGCCUUGACCACGCUGGAAGAAGCGCUGGCAGAAAAAGAAAAGACCAUUGAGCGUUUAAAGGAGCAGCGUGACAGAGAUGAACGAGAAAAACAGGAAGAGAUCGACAACUACAAGAAAGACAUUAAGGACCUGAAAGAGAGAGUCAGCAUUUUACAAGGAGAUCUCACAGAGAAAGAGACAUCAUUACUGGAUCUUAAGGAACAUGCUUCAUCAUUAGCUUCAUCAGGACUGAAGAAAGAUUCAAGACUCAAGACACUGGAAAUUGCAUUAGAACAGAAGAAGGAAGAAUGUUUGAAGAUGGAAACACAAUUGAAGAAGCACCCUGAAGUUUUAUUGAGUCAUCCAUCCAAGCUAGCCCACGAGGCAACGCUGGAGGCCAGGGCCAGUCCUGAGCUGAGCGAGCGCAUGCAGCAGCUGGAGCGGGAGGUGACGCGCUAUCGCGAGGAGUCUGGCAAGGCUCAGGCUGAGGUGGAUCGGCUCCUGGAGAUCCUCAAAGAGAUGGAAAAUGAGAAGAAUGACAAGGAUAAGAAGAUAGCAGAGCUGGAAAGCCUCACCUCAAGGCAAGUUAAAGAUCAAAAUAAGAAAGUAGCAAAUCUGAAGCACAAAGAACAAGUGGAGAAGAAGAAGAGUGCACAGAUGCUGGAGGAGGCCAGGAGACGAGAGGAUAACCUUAAUGACAGCUCCCAGCAGCUUCAGGACAAUCUGCGUAAAAAGGAUGAUCGGAUUGAAGAAUUGGAAGAGGCACUCAGAGAAAGUGUUCAGAUAACUGCAGAGCGGGAAAUGGUGCUAGCACAAGAGGAGUCAGCCAGGAUCAAUGCUGAGAAACAGCUUUUUAAUGAAUCAGUGCAUGAGGUCAACCAUUUUGGCUUUAGGUGGUUCAAGGUAGAGGAGCUGAUGAUGGCUAUGGAGAAGGUCAAACAGGAGCUGGAGUCAAUGAAAGCAAAAUUGUCUUCUACACAACAGUCUUUGGCUGAGAAGGAAACCCAUUUGACCAACCUACGAGCUGAAAGAAGGAAACAUUUGGAGGAGGUCCUAGAAAUGAAACAAGAAGCCCUUCUUGCUGCCAUUAGUGAAAAAGAUGCCAAUAUUGCUCUGCUAGAGCUUUCAUCCUCUAAGAAGAAGACUCAGGAUGAAGUGGCUGCACUGAAACGAGAGAAGGAUCGUCUUGUGCAACAGCUCAAGCAGCAGACUCAGAACCGUAUGAAGCUGAUGGCUGACAACUAUGAGGAUGACCACCUCAAAUCCUCAUCCCAUUCCAACCAAACCAACCACAAGCCCUCCCCUGACCAGAUAAUUCAGCCCCUCUUAGAACUUGACCAGAACCGCAGCAAGUUGAAGUUGUACAUCGGCCAUCUGACAGCCCUGUGCCACGAGCGCGACCCCCUGAUCCUGCGUGGGCUCACCCCGCCUGCCUCCUACCACCUGGAUGAUGACCAGGCAGCCUGGGAGAAGGAGCUGCACAAGAUGACCCAGGAGCAGCUGCACAGCGAGCUGGAGAAGGCAGAGAGGGAGAGCGUGGAGCUGCAGGAGUUCGCCAACGCCAUCCUGCAGCAGAUCGCGGAUCACUGCCCCGACAUCCUGGAGCAGGUCGUCAACGCCCUCGAGGAGUCCUCGUGACCCUGGCCACCAGUCCACAGAGCAGCACACCAGCGGCUGAGCCCAGGCAGAACACGGAGCCAUGGGAGUGGAGAGCAGUGUGGAAGACAGAACAUGGAGUAGAAACUUCUGGUGCACCUUUGACAAAGAAAACAAAGGCAAAAAAAAGAAAAACCCUUCUAAAAACUACAUGCUCUCUAGGUUCUUCCAGUCUAUGAUUAAUCAGCCAUUUUUGUAUUCAUCUUCUCACUGCCUUUCUACUUUAGAAUGCAAUUCCCCAUUGACUUUGUUGGUGGUGACUUUUGGAUACAGCUAAGCAGAGCUCUUCCAAGUCUACUGAGCAAAGAAGAGGGGAUCCACUGAACACAAGCAGCUCUAGUUCUCCAUGAGGUUGCAGAAGAGUAGCCCUCACCUUUCAUUAAUAUAUUGCUUUUUCCUUCUUGUCUUCUUUCCUCCUUCCUGUUUUUUUUAUUUUCAUGAAAGCUGAAAGCCUGAAUUUCAUAGUGCUAAAACCAAACCUGAGUGUGCUCUGAUUAUGGCUCAUGGCUAGCCAGCAUCAGCUAGCUCAGGUCUUGCUGCCUGUCUCAAUGUUUCUUAUGUUCUUAAAUAACAGAGUGAGGAAAGGAGAGUUUCUCUCCUUGCUCCUGUUAGUCAUUUCAUCUAGCAGCUGAGAAAAAAAGGUAGGUAUACUGGUACUUUCUGUUUACUUAACUUGGAAUUUUAUAGUUCACUGGUCUGACGCUGAAUUGCUAGGUGGGCCAUUUUUUGAGGUAACUGUUUUCAUCUUUUGGUUUUUGGGGGGGUUUAGAUGAGGUUUCUCAUCAUAGGUCUGUGUCUCCUAUGUUCUUACUCUAUAGAGAGCUCUCUCCCUUCAAGCAGGUGUGGUCAACAGGUCAGUUCCCAGCUUUAACUUGUACAGUUUGUCCAGUUUUUCAGGCUGUGACUUUGUGAACACUGACUGUCAUCAGAAUAGUCUUAAGCAUUCUGUAAAUGAGAAAUUUGCAUCAUUUAGCUUAAAAUUAUAAUUUUAAAGCUAAGUUAGGUAAACCAGUAGCAUAUUUCUUACUAUAAUUAUAAUUUAAUUUAUUUUGGUUUAGCUGACAUUGACAAGGAAUGAGUUUGAGUUCAGAGCAAUAACCCUUAUAAAGAGGAGCAUCUCUGCUGGAGUUGGCACCCAGCUGAGUAGAUAGGUGUAAAAUCACAGCUUUACUUAAACCAGUGCAAUUCUUCUGUGUAUAUGAGAGGCCUUAGUUUUAUUCCCAUCCACCUUUGACACUCGUUACAGCUCCUGCUGAUAGGUAAUGUGACCUGAAAUCCCAGAUCAGUUUGUCGUCGUGGUAGCAAGUCAGAAAUCCUGUUUUAUGAGUAGGACUUGGGUGUUCAUUCUUGGACUAUGCAUUAAUGGGGAGACACGUUUUUUUCCUGGCUGCCAGUGGUUAUGUGUGUCUGGGGGCAUCUGCAGGACAGAGCCCUGUAACAUGUCCCCAUGUGUUCCUUAAAGGAGCUGCUCCCUUUGACUGGCUCAUGUUACUUCAGAGAGCGAGGGGAAGGCAAAAGGAGACCAAAUAACACAGCAGUGGAAGAUAUCUUGGUUUUCUAGUCAAUAGCUAAUUAUGAGUCUUCUCAGUAAACCUCCCAUUCAGAGCCUGCAAUUUAAUUCCAUAUAGCUUACUACAUUCUGAGCUUCAUCCCUAAGCUAAGGAAAAUGUUCCAGGCCUUUUCAAGAAAGCUGCAUUUCUUACAUCUCUCACAUCCACAGCACAGCUCUCCUGUAGGUCUUUCACACAUUGUUUUUAUCUUUAGAAGUGACCAAUUGCUUUCCAAGAAAGGAGAUCAGCAAAAGUUUGAGUAAGGGAAGAUGUACCUUGUAGUUUUUUUUCCAAACAAGCACUGAAAAUUGGGCAAAACUGAAACUUUAUGUAGAGAGAGACUCUCUACAUAAGAGAGUAGAUUCUACUGAAAACUAGCUAAUUUAAAAUAAAUCACAUCCCCAUUGAUUCUACUGUAAUAAUUCAGCAGAAGGAGCUGCAUUCAUAGCCAGGAUGUCUAGGAAGAAGUAAGUCUCAAAAGAAGAGGCAAAUCACUCCUUUUCCAACUUUGGAAUUACCAGUGCUUUGCAAAUCAGGAGAAUUUAGUUCUUCCUGUAAUAGCAGCCUGUGUCUGAAGGGGGUUUUUUUGUGUCGUGUGUGAGGGGAGCAGUGGGAACCUGAAUGUGGGGAAGGAGGGAAUGCCGGAAGGCCCGCAGACAGUGACUGUACACACUGCUGGGCUGUGCCUCAUCCCAGAGCCACCCCUCUGGUCCCAUUCUUUGAGUCAGCAUGUUUCGAUGGGAGCUGUUGUUUUGAAAUCUUCCCUCUUGCAUUUUCUUCAUCACCCCUAAUUACUCACUCAAGGAAUUUAAUGCCGCCUGUAAAAGCAUCAGAGCCAUCAGCCCAGCAUCAUCGGCCACCGCCACCCCUCCUGACUCUCUCAUUAACUUAUAUGGUCAAAUCUCCAGCUGCCCUGGUUCCCUGCUGUAAAACAAUCCUUCCUCUGUGAGAAGCUGUGGAAUUUCCCUUAUUGAUGGUUCAAAUGGCUCCUGCUUGUAAACCUCUUACUGAGAUGUUCCUUGAUAGUGUUUCUGCUGGAGGCAGGGGCAGGGGGAGGGGAUGGGAGUGAGGGGUGAUCACUUCAGGCUGUUAUUUCAAUUCCCUGGCUUUACUGCAUUGCCCACACAUCGCAGGGAAGUGCUGCUGCUUCUUCAGCAUCUCUAACUCAGCUUGUGGCUGCAUUUCUAUAGUCCAAAGUGCCCCAGCCAAAGGCCUGGUGCUGUCACGGCAGCGUGUGCAGGAUCUGUGCAUCAGCAGCCGGGUGAAGCUCACUGUUUACACAUCUCCUGGCCUCUUCCCAGGGAGGAUUUGUCAAGCCUGGCUGCUUUUCACGCUGGCCAUUUGGUCCUUUAUCUGCCAGCCACACACCUGCUGUUCCUUCCAUCUGAAUUGCUGGGCCCUGGUGAUUUUUGUUGUUAACCACUGUUAUCUCCUAGGUCUUGUAGGUUUCCCAUCUUAAAGAUUGAUCUUAGACCUCUGUGAAGUGCUUUCAGGGAGGGAGCAGAUCUCAUUUAGGAACAGUAUUGAUCUGAUUUGUUCUCCAUUGAACUAUUUCAGGUAACCUCUCUGAUCCUGUGUCGACAGAGAUCCUGUGAAUAGCUUGAGGAACUUUGGGGUUUGGGAGGUACUGCUGGCCACAAUUUAUUGCUGAAUGUGACCACUGAAAGCUUUUUCUUUUCACUCGUAUGGAGUGCCACACCAUUGGCCUUAAGGCAACAAAGGGUUUUUAUUCCCAUAACCCGUCAUGGAAUUACAGGCACAUGGGAGAAGGGCCAAAAGUGGCAUACCCUGCAACGCUCAUCCAGUUGCCUAACCCACCACUGCUCUUUUAAGAUCUUAUUCCCAAGUGUCAGCAGCCAGGCAGAUGCAGACAGUUCCCUACCACAGUAGUCCUGCAGAGCAGCAGCUCUAGGAAAUCAGGGGCCCUUCCCAGGCACCCUGGGGAAAUUUGCUUUUUCUUCUCCUGUUGAAUGAAGUUCCAUUUGCUACAGGAGCUGUGAAAGUUUUAACUGCUUUAAUAUUACUUUUUUUUUUUUUUUCUGAGCUGUCAUUUGCAGAGAAACCGAGAGAUGCAAGGACUCAGGAGCUGUUUGUAGAAAAUUACGUAGGUCAUUUUGGCAGGGCUUGGGCUAAAAAAUAACUGAAGCCUCUGAAGCCCACGUACACUGUAAAAGCUGACACUGCAACCACGCUCGUUCAUGAUAUCCAUGAGUCCAAGUCCAUACUUUCCUCUCAAUCCAACCUCAUGUAAAACACUAAAAGGACAUAACACUAGAAUAGCAGGGUGAGGACAUGAGCACUGUUUGCCAUUGGAAGAAGAAUUACCCGGCAUGCUCCCAGAUGAAGCUCUAAGCUUCUCUAAGUAUUCUCUCUCGUUUUGACUGCCUUUAACCAGCGUUCACUCCAGAAAAUGCCAAACCCUCUUUGGAAUAUCCAGUUUUUGCCAAGUCCCGGGGCAGAAGGUGAAGGUCCGACGUGAUGCGCGGAACCGCAGGCGCCAUUUCUCGUUGCACGGCUGGAAUAUGCCUUCUCUUGAAAAUUUCCUGGUAUUUCAGGGCUCUGAAAUUUGCACAAGGGAGCAUAAAUGUCAUAAAUCUUGUAGAGAUAACCCUGGUUGUUAAACCAAAGGGGCGCCUCUUUUCAUUUGCCCUGUAAUUCCCAUCCGUUCUGCUGCUAGUGCUCAAUUUGUUGGGAAAUUUGUACAUCUGAUGAGGGUUGACGGGGUUGAGUCCCCACUCCUGUACUAAUUGCCAAUUGCUGCCACUGCAGGGGUCUUUACAAAGGAUGUAGAGUCAUGCACUGAUACCAUUUUAAAGCAAAAAUGUCACUACAUACAAUGACGUGUACAUCCCUGAAAUGACUCCAGUGAAAUGCUAAAGGGAAAGAGUACAAUCAAAGCGUCUGAUACUGAAAGGAAGCUUCUCCUCAGCUCAACACCCCCACUGCAGGAGGGACCUGAAGAGGCCGUGGAAGGCUGUGGAUAACCAACACUGCCCCAGCGGAGCCGGCGGGGUGGGAGGGCCGGGCACAGGGCAUCGGGGGCAUCGUGCCUGGCAAGGCCAACUCUGCUGACCCCUCUCAUCUGCGUGGUGAGGAAGAGGAGUGUCAGGGGUUUUUUUAAAACAAAACGAUGUUUUUAAUUGUUUUUUCCACAUAAAUGGAAGGAACCGUACGCAACAGCAGAUCCUUCUGAACAAAAUGGCUGUAUCCAAUGGCUGACUAUUUUUAAAACAAAAAAAAAAAAAGAGAAAAACUGUUUCAAAACUUUUUAGUGUCAAAAGCAUAAACUCAGAAAUCCUGACUUUUUCCAGUGUGUGUGGUGAGUGCUGUAACCCUGUCAUCAGUAUCUCCCCUGACUUUUUCAGGGGUGUUUUUUUCCUGUUUUGUUUUCUGCUUGUCGAUAUUGUCUGUGUGGUCCUCAGGCUGGGGCAGUUACCAACAAUGUGUGUCUAUUGUCGGUUUGAAACAAAAGAUAGUAGUAGAACUGAAAAAGAUGUGUUUUUAAAAAUAUAUAAAAAUAAAUUUCAUUAAAAGGAAUUCAAGUAAAGAAGCGGCAAAGCCAUGACUCCUCCUCUCGGGAUUGUAUGGAAAAGGAUUUGUGGGCUUUUAAUUAUAACCAGUUGCCUUUCACAGGCUUUUGAGGUCCAAGGCAGCUUGGCCUCUUAGGAAAUGUUACAAACCCUGUAUAAAUUCCUGCUUUCCCAGGUUUAUACUGUACAUGUGUAAGACAGAAAUGGGCAGAAUGAAACAGUAUUUUGGAAGUCAAUCUUUUCUGGUAACAGUUAUCAACACCAGGUGUCCCCUAAGAUGGGAACCACCGAUGUGAACGGGCCAAACACUUUGGCCAAAUUUUCUGUUUCCUCCAUCCCACCCCUUGAUGCCAGGGACGUGAGCAAGUGCAGAUCAGCUAGUGCAGGUAGUUGAGUGUGGGUUCAUUAUCAAAGUUGUAUUUCCUCGCCUCUGGUGUUGGUCACGUACCCGAGCACGUUAUGGGGCAGCCACUUUCUGCUCUGGUGGCGUUGCUUGAAAGGAGCAACAUGAGGCUAAGCUGGUGUGUAAGGUUAACAAAAAACCCUGACAAAUCGCUUUACCUGUGGACAUAGGUAAGGAAUUUCAUUAAGUGAAUGUAUUUUUAUUAUCAGAAUUAACCAUAUGCUGUUUGUCCUCGUUUUGCAAGCUUCGUUCAGAUCUUGAAAAUCAAGUCAAUGUGGUUUGCUUUUAAGUAGAUAUUCCCAUUACACUCUUGGUGCUUUGGUAGGGUUUUUUGUUCAAAACCUUGGUUUCUUUCACUUGGAAACUGACAAAAAAAUGGAUCUAUUGGUCAUGUAUACACUUAUUUGUCAUAAAAUGGGCUUAUCUUAAAAACCAAAUUCGAAGCCAAAUUUUAGAAGUAGACAUUGUUCCUUUUAUCCUCCCCAUCUUCUCACCUCUCUGUGGACAAGGCCAAGUCCUCCUUCCCUCCCUGCCCAGGGGUGGCUGCGUUUGGCCCCCCAUUACACACUCAUUACAGUAUAACUGGGGAGGCUUUAGUGUAAGAUGCCUUUAUUUGUCCAGAUGCUGGAGGAGGAUGAAUCCAAUGGGACCACAAACAGGGGAAUAACUUCUGUGCUAGCCCAACAUGCUGCUCCAAGCCCACUAAAACAGUAUAUUGCCGUUUCCUUCCGAGGCAGUGAGUGAGGAGAGCUGCUCACCAAGUUCACAAAUCAUCUGUGGAGUUGAAUUCUGUGGGAUGCCCCAUCCACUCCACAGACACAGAUCCCUCAUUUGCUUCGGAAGAGACAUGUUGCACUUUAGUGGAGGGGGAGGCAGGCUUUAGGGAUGGGAUCUAGACUACUUGAAUUCCUUUUGGAAAUGACAGCAGCGGGAGACAUUGGUGUCCGUGAUGCAAGUGCGCACGCUGCCUUCAACUUGUAUGUGUUUUAUUGCUGGAGUCAUGUUACUGACAGGAUAAUGAAAUUGCAAAGAAAAUGUGUUAUAUUCAACUUUGCCUUGAUAAUAUAAACACUUUGUUCAUUUUUUUUUCUUCUUUUUUUAUUCACAGACUAAGUUCAUCAGGAAAUUAUAAAAUUAUUUAAAAA